GACAGGAAAGUUAAGGGAUUUCAUGAAUUGAGGUGAACCCCCCUACAGACAAAAGGCGAACAACCUAGAGCAUCUGUGGCGCUGCCCCUGAGCUCCUGUCUAUCAAUCCUCGCCCCGCCCACCACCGGAACAAAGUCAUCGGCUCGCUUCCUUUCUCGAUCUUUGGACAAAAUGGCGAAGAUCGCAAAAACACAUGAAGAUAUUGAGGCACAGAUCCGAGAAAUCCAAAACAAGAAGGCAGCUCUUGUUGUAGAAGGUGAUGCAGAUGGAGUUGGUCUUGAUUCAACGGGAUACUAUGAUCAGGAGAUCUAUGGUGGAAGUGACAGCAGAUUUGCAGGAUAUAUGACAUCAAUUCCUGCAAAUGAGCAAGAAGAGGAUGAUGAUGACUAUUCCUCUCCAAGUUUGCUUGGCCAGAAAAAGCCGGGAUACCAUGCACCAGUGGCGCUCCUGAAUGAUAUACCACAGUCAAAUGAGCAGUAUGAUCCAUUUGCUGAACAUCGACCGCAGCGAAUUGCGGAACGAGAGGAUGAGUACAAAACUCGUAGGAGACAGAUGAUCAUUUCCCCAGAGCGGCAUGAUCCAUUUGCAGAUGGUGGAAAGACACCAGACCCUAAAUUGCAUGUCAGAACUUACAUGGAUGUUAUGCGAGAACAGCAUUUAACAAAGGAAGAGAGGGAAAUCAGACAACAGCUAGCUGAGAAAGCUAAAGCUGGAGACCUAAAGGCAGUCAAUGGAUCAGCCCAACAACCUGCCAAGCGCAAGCGCCGUUGGGAUCAAACAGCAGAUCAAACUCCAAGCGCUACACCCAAGAAAUUAUCCAGCUGGGAUCAAGCAGAGACUCCAGGGCACACACCAGGGCAUACACCUGGACACACACCUGGGCAUACUCCUGGUCACACACCUGGCAACACUCCUUCUCAGAGCCGUUGGGAUGAAACUCCUGGUCGAUCAAAGGGCAGUGAGACUCCUGGUGCAACCCCAAGCUCAAGAAUGUGGGAACCCACUCCCAGUCACACACCAGCAGGGGCUGCUACACCUGGACGAGACACACCUGGGCAUGCUACACCAGGUCACGGAGGUGCAACUUCCAGUGUGCGCAAAAACAGAUGGGAUGAAACUCCGAAAACAGAUAGAGAAACACCUGGACAUGGCAGUGGAUGGGCUGAGACACCGCGUACAGAUCGUGGAGGUGACUCCAUAGGUGAAACUCCAACCCCUGGUGCAAGUAAAAGAAAAUCUCGUUGGGAUGAAACACCAGCUAGUCAGAUGGGAGGUAGUACUCCAUUGCUUACUCCAAGUGGAAUCACACCAAAAGGCACACCAGCAAUGGCUAUGGCAACGCCAACACCAGGUCACUUGAUGAGUAUGACCCCUGAACAACUACAGGCUUGGCGUUGGGAGCGUGAAAUUGAUGAAAGGAAUCGUCCACUUACAGACGAAGAACUGGAUGCAAUGUUCCCUGAAGGCUACAAGGUCCUUCCACCUCCAGCUGGUUAUGUUCCAAUCCGAACACCUGCUCGUAAACUGACUGCAACACCAACACCACUUGGAGGUCUAACUGGUUUCCACAUGCAAUCUGAGGAACGUUCAGCAAAGAAUAUGAAUGAUCAGCCUUCUGGUAAUCUUCCAUUCCUGAAGCCUGAUGACAUCCAGUACUUUGACAAAUUGUUGGUUGAAGUUGAUGAAUCUACCCUGAGUCCAGAAGAGCAAAAAGAAAGAAAGAUAAUGAAGUUGCUUUUGAAGAUAAAGAAUGGUACUCCUCCAAUGAGGAAGGCUGCUUUGCGUCAAAUUACCGAUAAAGCCAGAGAAUUUGGAGCUGGUCCCCUGUUCAAUCAGAUUCUCCCAUUGCUGAUGUCUCCAACUCUUGAAGACCAGGAGCGCCACUUGCUGGUUAAAGUUAUUGACAGAAUCCUCUACAAGUUGGAUGAUUUGGUCCGACCAUAUGUGCACAAGAUUCUUGUGGUUAUUGAACCAUUGCUGAUUGAUGAAGACUAUUAUGCAAGAGUGGAAGGCAGAGAAAUCAUCUCUAACUUAGCAAAGGCUGCAGGUCUUGCCACCAUGAUUUCUACUAUGCGUCCUGAUAUUGAUAACAUGGAUGAAUAUGUACGAAACACAACAGCUCGAGCCUUUGCCGUUGUUGCUUCAGCUCUGGGUAUUCCAUCACUGCUGCCUUUCCUCAAAGCUGUGUGCAAGAGCAAGAAAUCAUGGCAGGCUCGGCACACAGGAAUCAAAAUUGUGCAGCAGAUUGCCAUCCUUAUGGGUUGUGCCAUCUUGCCUCAUUUGAGGAGCUUGGUUGAGAUUAUUGAACAUGGUCUGGUUGAUGAGCAGCAGAAGGUACGAACUAUCAGUGCUCUGGCUAUUGCUGCCUUGGCUGAAGCUGCAACCCCAUACGGCAUUGAGUCAUUUGACUCUGUUCUAAAACCAUUGUGGAAAGGUAUUCGACAGCACAGAGGCAAAGGUUUGGCUGCCUUUUUAAAGGCUAUUGGUUACCUGAUUCCCCUUAUGGAUGCUGAAUAUGCUAACUACUAUACACGAGAAGUGAUGUUGAUCCUUAUCCGAGAGUUUCAGUCUCCUGAUGAAGAAAUGAAAAAAAUCGUACUCAAGGUGGUAAAGCAAUGUUGUGGAACAGAUGGUGUGGAAGCCAACUACAUCAAAACUGAAAUCCUUCCUCCAUUCUUCAAGCACUUCUGGCAGCAUCGAAUGGCUUUAGACAGGAGAAACUACAGACAGUUAGUAGAUACCACCGUGGAACUUGCAAACAAGGUUGGAGCAGCAGAAAUAAUCUCCAGGAUAGUUGAUGACUUAAAAGAUGAAGCUGAGCAAUAUAGAAAAAUGGUGAUGGAAACCAUUGAAAAGAUCAUGGGUAACCUGGGAGCUGCAGAUAUUGAUCAUAAAUUAGAAGAACAGCUCAUUGAUGGCAUCCUAUAUGCAUUCCAGGAGCAGACUACUGAGGAUUCUGUAAUGUUGAAUGGUUUUGGUACAGUGGUAAACGCAUUGGGUAAGCGUGUAAAGCCCUAUUUACCACAGAUUUGUGGUACAGUAUUGUGGCGUCUAAACAAUAAAUCCGCUAAAGUACGACAGCAGGCUGCAGAUCUAAUCUCUCGGAUUGCAGUGGUUAUGAAGACCUGUCAGGAGGAAAAACUGAUGGGCCACUUGGGCGUUGUGCUAUAUGAAUACCUGGGUGAAGAGUAUCCUGAAGUUUUGGGUAGUAUUUUGGGAGCGCUGAAAGCUAUUGUAAAUGUUAUAGGCAUGCAUAAAAUGACUCCACCGAUUAAGGAUCUGCUUCCACGGCUUACUCCAAUUCUGAAGAACAGGCAUGAGAAGGUGCAGGAGAACUGUAUUGACCUGGUUGGACGAAUUGCAGAUCGAGGUGCAGAGUAUGUAUCUGCUCGUGAAUGGAUGCGAAUCUGCUUUGAAUUGUUAGAACUCUUGAAGGCACACAAAAAAGCUAUCAGAAGAGCAACAGUAAACACCUUUGGCUACAUUGCAAAAGCUAUUGGUCCACAUGAUGUACUGGCCACACUGUUGAAUAACUUGAAGGUUCAAGAACGUCAGAACAGGGUCUGUACCACAGUAGCUAUUGCUAUUGUGGCAGAAACGUGCUCUCCAUUCACGGUGCUUCCUGCUUUGAUGAAUGAAUAUAGAGUUCCUGAGCUGAAUGUGCAGAAUGGUGUGCUUAAAUCUCUCUCAUUCUUAUUUGAGUACAUAGGCGAAAUGGGAAAAGAUUAUAUUUAUGCGGUAACACCAUUGCUUGAAGAUGCUUUAAUGGACAGAGACCUGGUUCAUAGACAGACAGCUAGUGCAGUUGUGCAGCACAUGUCCCUGGGAGUAUAUGGAUUUGGCUGUGAAGAUGCUCUAAAUCAUUUGUUAAAUUAUGUAUGGCCCAAUGUUUUUGAAACAUCCCCACAUGUUAUCCAGGCAGUAAUGGGAGCAUUGGAGGGCCUAAGGGUUGCAUUAGGACCUUGUAGAAUGCUACAAUAUUGUUUACAGGGCUUGUUCCAUCCAGCCAGAAAAGUACGUGAUGUGUACUGGAAAAUCUACAACUCAAUCUACAUCGGUUCACAGGAUGCCCUAAUUGCACAUUAUCCAAGGAUCUUUAAUGAUGAAAAAAAUACACAUGUCCGCUAUGAACUCGACUACAUCUUGUAAAGCAAGUUAUCAUUCUUCACAUUGUCUUUGUCUGCUAUUUUGCUGCAUUGUAAUUGCCCUUGGUUACCCAAUCUUAUGCUGUGCUUCAGAUGUGAUGUGAUGACAGUCUGAAAUAAAAACAUUGAUCAUCUUGUUGGAACGGAUUGUAAAAGUAGUAAGUGGAUAGGGCUAGUAGUACAAUUUUAUUUUAAAGGGACUUAAAGACUGUAAAUUUUGUCCCAUUACUUGUUGUUAAAUAGCCAAGUCUUAUCGUGACCAGCAGGAUGAUGAAUAUUCAAUUCACAAUUCAUUUGAAUUUGUCUUUAUUGAGAUUUAGAUUUCAUUCCUUGUGUUGACAGGUUGUUUCUUAAAAAAAAAUAAACAUAAAAAGUCUAAGUCCAGUUUAUAUUUCUCAAGUUAUUUUUGAGGUGCUUUUAAGAAAGUUUUAAGAUAACUGCUUUUCAGAUAAGGAACACAUUAUCUUCAUUAACUUGUAGGACAAUUAAAUUUCCCUAAUUACCUUUAUGUGACCGAAUGUACCUUUUUCUACUUUUGCUAAAAUAUAGUGAUUCACUUUGCAUGAUCUUUUCUAUAGUUGGUGACAAAGAUCUCCAGGAAUAACUUUGGGGAUUAUUACUUAUACAAGAACUGUCGCUGCUUAAUCAAGGCAGAUAAAAGAUCCCCGGACUAAAGUGAGCAAAAUGCCAUUAAAUUGACAAGCUGAAUGAAUUAAUCAGCUUCUGAUAUCUACGUCACUACAAGUUGUAAAAUGCUCAUUUAUCCCCGUAAAACAAUGCAUCCUAGUCAAAGUUUGAAUGGAAGAAUCAUGUCACUGUUAAUGAAAAAUAAAAACAUAUAUGCUAUGAUUGCUCAUCCAUGGAGCUAAAAUGUGGAAAAGCAUGUAGCUACUACAAUAGAAAACUCAGCACAAAAUCAAAGCCUCAGUUCUGGGCCAGAUAUUUUGGGAUCAGUUAUCUUUGCUGGGUUUUACACAAUAGUGUUAACAGUGACACUUAAGAAUUGGCUAAUUCCUCCAAGUAUAUGGAGGUGGGUUUUUGACAAUGUUUUGCUGCCAUUAAAUCUCUCCAGCUUAUGUUGUAAAUACUCUACAUUCUCUAGUGUAAUAUUUAUAAAACCUUAAAACUAAAGCUACUACAGUAUGAACUUUGGGAUUAAUGUUAUGAUUGGCUUUAUCUCUCUGACAUAUUGAAUUUUGACAAAUUAAUUUUGAAAACUUGUGAAUCCAGACAGCAUAAUGAACACGUCACUCGUUGGUUAUGUGGUCAGGUUCACUUACAAUUUCGUAUUCCACAACUGGUAGGCUUGUACUUUCAUUUAAAUAAUUCACUGCAGGCAUACUUGGUGUUGUAAUAAAUAUGUCUCUCUG